AGUCAAAGCCCUGCGUGGCUCAAGCCUCGUCUGAGGGACCACACCGGGCGCCCCCGCGCCCAGGGGCCGCCCUCCGCGGCCAAGAUGUGGGGCUCCCGCGCGAGGUCCUGGCUGCCACCGGCCGUGGUCGUCUCGCUCGCAGUCGCGGCGCUCCUCGCGACGAGGCAGCCCCUCGGCGGCGGCUCCGCGAAGGACGCCGCGGGGGCCCCGGGCGCCCACGCGUUGGGCGAGGCGGCGGCCGCGCCGCGUCCGGCCGCAUCGCUGGCCGCCACGGCUGUCGCUGGCGCCGCGGCUGCCGCCGCGCUCGCGCUGGGGCGCCGGCGGCAGAGCCCCGCACGGGGGCUGCCGCAGAGGGGGGCGCGCGGCGGCCAGACCCCAGAGAACACCGACCAGGAGAAGCGCGAUGGACUUGGACGGCUCGCUUUGGAAUGUCCUGACGAACACGGACGAGUACAUUGAGGAGGACAGGCGUUACCGCCGCCCGGUUUUCGGGUACGCAGACUGGAAGCGGCACCGUUCCGCGCAGCGCUUCACGAAGAACUUGGGGAGCCUGCCCGUUUCGACUACCAUUCGAGCGAAUUGGAAGGAGGUCACCUCCGCCAUCACCGUCGCUAUCGCACUGUGCCUAUGGAACGAUGCUGAGUCCGUCACCAACGUACUCAACCUCGGCCCCGAGGCGAUGACGUUCGCGAGGAAUCUUCCGGACUUGUCGUUGCCGGCCUUGCCGUUCACCCUCAGCUCGGCCUCCCUCUCUCUCCUGCUCGUCUUCCGUACGAACAAGGCGUACGAGCGAUGGUGGGAGGCACGCUGCAUUUGGGGUGCCAUCAUCAACACAUGCCGCGACAUCGUUCGUCAGUCCCUCGUGCGAAUGGAUCCGAAGGACAUGGCUCUCAAGGAGGAGGUGACUCGCUUGGUGUCCGCUUACCCGCGCUCGUUGAUCUACCAUCUCGGUGAACGCACAGAGAUAUCCAACUUGGUAAUCGAGAAGAAGUACCGCAAGAUUUUGACUGACGAGGAGACCGAGAGGCUGUUGAAGUGCACUCACAAGCCCAUGACUGUCACUGGCAUGUUGUCAAACGCGAUCCACCGCGCGAAGCUGCCAGUGAUCGAUGAGAUGAAGAUCGACCAAGACAUCACAAAGUUUUCGGACUACUAUGGCAUGUGCGAGCGUAUCUUCAAGACGCCAAUGCCACUGUCGUUCACUCGCCUGACCUCGAGAUUCUUGAGUGUUUGGACUCUUGCACUCCCGUUUGCGCUUUACGGUGCGAUCACCCCCCAUUGGCUCAUCGUCCCGAUCACUGCCUUCAUCGCCUUUUUUGUCUUCGGCAUCGAGGAGAUCGGGCUCCAGAUUGAGGAACCAUUCUCCGCGUUGGCCCUGAACGCAAUGGCAGACGGUAUCGACGCGAGCAUCUUCGAGGCAUUAGAGAUGGAGAAGAAAGACCCUUUCAUGUUCGAGCCGCGGGGCGGUUGGAAGAGGGCCGACGCGCAGCCAAGGAAGAUUGACGUCAGCACCAUCAAGUCGACUCCUUCGCAAGAGCCGAAGGCUGUCGCCAGCAUCAGCGAGGUUGACGUCACAAUCAACGAGGCCGCGUCUGAGCCCGCCGCUGCGGCAGUCAUUGAGGCCGAGCCUGAGCUCGUUGCUGCUUCCAUGGUCAGCGGCGCCGCCACCGCCCGCGCAGCUGCAGUGGUCGCUGCGCCCGCGCCUGCGGUGGCUGCAUCGCCCGCGCCAGCCACCACGCCUGAGGCUCCAGCGCAAGUGCAGCUCGGCGGCGGAGUGACGGUGCUCGAGAGGACACCGGAGAAGGCCCGGGAGGACGGCAAGAGAACUUACCCGCCGUACUGGCCGCGCCAUCUCAUCCCCCCCGAGGACUUGUGAGGGCGUUGUUCGGCACGCGAGGCGCAGAGGCUCCCAUAUGGGAGGCCCCUAGACAAAGAGGUGGGCGCGAGCAUGUGGCACCUGCCAGCUUUUUCGGUGCACCGUGCCCUCAGGGCAAGAUGGCGCGCGCUGGCUGUUCGUCGGCCUCUGCGUGGCACCAUACGCGACAGCCGUAAUGAUGGCACCAUGGCCUUGCUAUAAUUUUCCAUUUAUACGAAUGGGCACUUGGCCUGCAGGCAUCGCGUGUAGCACUGCAAGAGUAUCACAGGAGGCGCAGUCCUUGUCUUGCCACAGAUAGACACAUCUCAGAUUUUCCUGCGAGAUCGCAGCACAAUUACACAUCACGCUCGUCACUCUGGCAAUCUCAUUCCUGGAGGGGGAGGCGACACUACGUGAUAUCCGUAGGUGUGGUCCUUCCUAUUGUGUGCUGAUGCUGGUCAUUGGCGACCGUCGAUGGGAAUUCAGGCUGCAACACCCCCACAUUAAUGUUAAUUAUCGUGUGC